AUGGCAGUGCGAGCCUCUCUCGCGCGAGUAGGUUGGCCUACGGCCUUGCUCCUACUCGUGCUAAAAGUUUUAUGCGCAUGCGAGGUAGCGGGGGGAAAUGGUGACUUAUUUACGGGAAACGGAGACCAAAAGCAGCAAGAGCUAAGCACACGUCAAGUUACGCCAGCUCAAACCCUCAGAGAAAAGGACCAUGCAAGUGUGAAUUCCCCUAAAACGAUCCUAACAACAAGGCAAUCUACUGGUGGGGGAACGGGCAGCCGAUUCGCGGAACCUCCCCCGUGCAUACUCACCGGUAGCGAUCGCCAGGCUUGCCUUGGUACAGAGUACUCUACCCUCGUGGCUAUCCGUAAUUCAACAAAAACCGACCCUCCUGUUGAGCUGCAGCGCAUUUCACAAGGGACAGGGUCAUUUAUCUCCUCUGGCAUGAAACAUUGGGUGGCUCAUCUCGAGCAGGUCUUUGCCCCCUCGUGUCCUUUUCACUGGCAUGGCCUCGCUUAUGUAGUGCCCUCUUUAACAGUGCAGGUUCACGGACAGGACACGAAGGAAAACCAAUCCGGAGGCAUAACAGGGCAGGAACUUCUCUCUUUGGACUCAGCUGCGAAGAACAACUUUUCGUUGACUCCCCACGAGCUACGGAUGUACGCUCAGCCUGCAGUUCUGACACGGGGGAAAGCUACAGAAGUGUUUGCAGAAAUAGUUGAUGCGGAGGGUCACCUCUACCCAACAGACUGCGGUUCGGUGUCGCUUUAUCUGCUUCAGCAGGAUGCUGCAGCAGCAGAGCUGUUUCUCAGUGGCUUGGGCCACCAGCUACUAAAGGGAGGGAUUGCCAAGUGGAGUUUAACCUUUGAAGGUCUUACAGACUCCCCAUAUAUGACCUUAGAAGCAAUUCCGCGGUUGUGCACACAGUCUUCAGCUGAGAAUUUUCCGCUAUUAGACAAUCUGCCAGUCGGUCAGCUGCUCCCCCCCUCUAGGUUUUUAAUCCCGCUAAAAGAUCUGGGUGAGGCAUUUCCCAGCUACAGCCAGGACUCUGAAAACGCGUUUCGGGGGGAACUGCAGACGCUUGGAAACAGUAGACCUGUUCAGCCCAUAAGCGCAAAUGUCGUUAUAGCGACAGUAGACCUCCAAAGCACCUCUUCUACCGAAGAGGAAGUCAAGUCUUUACACCAAUGCGGCAACAGCCUGGUCGAUAACGGUGCCUCACGAGACAUCCUUCCGUCUUCUGCAAAGCCAGAAAUAGAGCCGAAUAAAUCACAAGGAAACUGCGACGGAUGCAGCCACAAGCUUCACUAUAAUGUGGGUCCACGCGGCCGGCUGUCCUCUACAGACCUGCAAACGGAUAUAUGUACGCCAUUGAGGCUGGUUUUUAAUUCGUGGACGGCUGCAGUGACAAUAGAGCACCCUCACUUUGGCUACUUCGUCCAUCUGUCUAGACCAUCACACACUCCCGUUGCAGUUUCUAUUUUUCCCCGGCUCUCUAGUGCAUCCCUGGCACGGUUAAGGGGUGCACCGAUUCCGUCUUUCGUACGAAGCCCCAGCGGGGAACCGCUAAAGGAAGACGAACUGGUGUUUUUAGUUGGGGGAGAACCGCAGGCAGGUGGGCACCGAGUGGUAUUCAAGCCUGACGAGUGGAAUCAGCCCAUUGCCAUUGAAAUCGAGCUCCCUCUUACUGUAGCCGCAGCUGCAGCGGCAUUAGUAGCGACAGGCGACGCCCCUCUAGAGCUCCAUAUUGAACACGUUCUGUCACCUUUAGGCAUUGAGGCCAGCUCUGCCGAGAUGCAGCUGGCGGCGAGAGAAAAUGUAUACCCCUCAAUGCCACCUACAGUGUCAGUGCAGUGCAAAGUCCACACUUAUUUUGAUGAUGCCACUUCACGAGAGGACCACUGGGGUGAGGUAGGAGCUCACAAGCAGUUCAACCGGCCAAUCUCUGUCCGCUGUCACUUGCACCGUAGCGCUGGUGUACGGGGUGACGUGCGUGUUACCGUCAGCGCGGGAAAGUCCUUGCGACUCGUCUCACCAGCACCUGGAACUGACUUAAUUUUGUUAGAGAGCAGUGACAAUCCUCUGGAAGACGCAGGUGAUACGGAUGGUGGCGCAGCUGCGCCUCUUGAAGAACCCUGCCAAGAGGAAAGAUGCAAGAGUCAGAACGGGCCCAACCCCACCAGAGGUUCGAACCUAGCGUGGGCGAGUGCGGAGGUGAUGGCCUUGGUCAUCCCUGAGGAUUCGGGCUGUACCAAUUCCUCUUGCACGCUGAGCUUUGACUUGGGACCAAGAGACCGAAUAAAUGGGGGAGAUUUGCAGUUGCUGCCUCUCGGGGGUAAGGUGGCAGUUUUCCCGGAGUCUCAUCCUUCAGAAGGUGUCAUCAAACUCAGCCAAGAGAGAGGAAGAAUUCAGAUGCAACUUGUGAGGCCUUGGUCUUUGAUGCCACGCAAUGAAGCAAAGGCUGAGCUCAUUGUGAUGGGGGGCCCUGCAACAGUGGAAGAAGUCGUUUCUCGGUGCUUCACUGCCUCAUGCAACAGAGCAGACAAAUACCCCAUCUCCGCCUCCGUUCGCUGUGAACCGUCUACGGGGUCAGGGACCACCUACAGCACCCUAUAUGCAGUAGAUGUGUAUGUUAGCCUGACUCCAGCUGUUUCUGCAAACUGUCAGCUCUUCGAUCCUACUGGCACAUCGACAGGGACACUUCAAGUGGUGCCAACAAGCAAUAGUUUGUGUGGGGAGGCCACCUUCUACAGCAGAGACUCCGGAGCUUGCGAGCCGUGCCCUAAAGGCUUUAAGUGCUAUUUUGGAAGGCUUUUGCAGUGUGCGACUAGCAGAGAAGAUAAGUGCACUCUGUGUCCCGAAGGCAAAGAGGCAAGCCACUGGUGCCCUACGGGUUACUAUUUGGUAGGGGGAGCCUGCGAACGGUGUCCCCAAGGCUUCGCUUGCAAAGAUGGGGUUGCCAUGCCUUGCAAGCAGGGAGAACUAGGCUCUACAUCAAUGCUUCUAAGGAACGAAUGUACCAAGUGUCCAGCUGGUCAUUUGUGCCCCAACCCACGAGCAGAUCCCAUUGCUUGUCCCUCAGGUUUGGUAGACGCCGACUCGCUAUGCAGACCGUGCCCCGCUGGUGUCUCUUGUGAAAACGGAAAAAUGACAGCGUGUGAGCGCUUUUUCUCCUAUUCCCUUCCCGGAGACUUGCGCUGUCGGCCUUGUCCCCCCGGUCACGAGUGCCUAGACCCAGGGCAGCCACCGGCAGCGUGCCAAGACGGCGAAGUUAUACUUGAGGGGACAAAAGGAGGAGUUAUGGAUAGAAGAUGCAGUCCUUGCCCUCCCCAUAGUAUUUGCCCCUCGCCACUGCACAUCCUGCCUCUUUCGGAGGGCUUCGAAAGGGACCCCGAAACCCCAAUGGUAGAGAGGCCCAUCGACACCUGCCACACGCAUUACACAGACCCCAAAUGCCCAGAGGGAGGCAUCUGCUGGGGUGGAAAAUACUUCGCUUGCCCUCAGUAG